AUGGAGGAGAAAGACAACUUGGUUUCUGGGGUAGCAGUGAGCGGUGAAGAAGCUCCAGAUACCUACAGAAUUGCCCCGAGAAAUGAAAACCCCAGCCCAUCUGGGGGUCCCGCAAUGGCAGCAGCUCCAACGUCCUCGCCGAUGAGCUUGGCCUUGACCGGUACGGAAGUGAAGAAGAAGAGGGGCAGGCCUAGGAAGUACGGACCUGACAAGACCGUCUCGUCGGCAUUGUCGCCGAUGCCGAUUUCGUCUUCGAUUCCGCUCACAGGAGAGUUCUCGGCCUGGAAAAGGGGCAGAGGGCGGCCCGUUGACUCAGUCAAGAAGUCUCACAAGUAUGACGUUUUUGAGAGCUCAGGCGAGAAAAUUGCAUACUCUGUUGGUGCAAACUUUACACCUCAUGUCCUCACUGUCCAUGCUGGCGAGGAUGUUACGAUGAAGAUCAUGUCAUUCUCUCAACAAGGGUCUCGAGCUAUUUGCAUACUUUCUGCAAAUGGUACCAUUUCAAAUGUUACACUUCGGCAGCCCAGUUCUUCAGGGGGUACUUUAACAUAUGAGGGCCGUUUUGAGAUACUUUCCUUGUCUGGAUCAUAUAUUGCAAUUGAGAACGCAGGAACAAAGAGCAGAUCUGGUGGCAUGAGUGUCGCUUUGGCAGGUCCAGAUGGUAGAGUGGUUGGGGGAGGGCUUGCUGGUAUGUUGAUAGCUGCUGGCCCUGUGCAGGUUGUGGUGGGGAGUUUUCUACCAGGUCACCAGCAGGAACAGAAGCCCAAGAAACAGAGACUCGAGCCUGUAUCAUCGUCAAUUGUCCCUAUUGUUGUCAAUGCCGUGUCUGGUGAAGAAAUGAAGGUCUGUGGGGGAGUAAAGCCCAUUCUGAAUUCUCCUUCCUUCCAUGGAAACAAUUCAACUUCUGUAAACCCCAUGAACAACUUUAAGAACUCAGCUCCUGAGAGUAAAUCGUUGUCGGAAGAGGAAUCUAAAGGCCCUGGUCAACCAAACUGUGAAGUUUCUUAUUGA